ACUAUCCGACUUUUUUGGAACGUGUUAUAACGUACUGUUUUUUCUUUUCUAGAAGGGAGAGUUGCAUAUGUGGUGUGGCUGACUCGCCAUUGGAUGCGUUUCAUAUUAUUGCUGUUUGUAGUUUUUUGUCAAAAUUACGUGAGGACACAUUUGGGGUUCCCUGUUUUUCAUUUAAUCAGUUUAAAAAAGUUAUUUCUGAUUUUGAUUUAUUUUUUAAGACUUAAAGCGCAAGUCGUGAUUAUUUAUGUAAAUUUUGUCUUGGGGCGUGGUCUGCCUAUUACUGUAUUUAAUCCUGUGGUUGUUUGGACUGCUUGGGAGACUAUCCGACUUUUUUGGAACGUGUUAUAACGUACUGUUUUUUCUUUUCUAGGUAAGUUUUGUUUAUAAAUAUGUCCCAGGCUCGGAAGCGGAAGACAUUUUCUCCAACCGUUCCGGAAAGAGCAACAGCUAGGUUUAGGGGUGAGACUUCUGCUGGUGAAGAGGAUAUUGCGAAUUUAUUACAGGAUUCUAAUUUUGAUGUGGCAGAGGGAGUUAGGCUUCUAUUGCGAUUGCAUGUCUCGUUGAAUGGUAAGGUGGAUGAAUUUAUUAGAAGACUGGAUCACUUGACAGAGUGGCUCAAGAAUGUAGAUGAGGCGUUGAUUGAUUUUGAGGAACAAAGAUGGCAAGAAAUUUUUGAUGUAUUGUCCAGGUUUGAGAUCGACGAUUCUAAUUGGAUUUGGUUGGGUGAUUUUAAUGCACGGAUUGGUGACCAUAAUAUAAUUUCGACAAGUAUAAGUGAUUGCAGAGGUAUUACUGUUAAUAAGAGAAAUAGAGCUUCCAAGGAUGUAAAUAUGAAUGUGAAAGGAUGGAAAGUUCUGGAGUAUUGUGCGGAUAAUGAUUUAAUAAUUCUAAAUGGACGAGCUUCGGGUGAUGAAGCGGGAGAGUUUACCUUUGUUUCUAACCGAGGAUCCUCGGUAAUUGACUUGGGAAUAGUUACUCCUUCUGUGUGGAAUUGUAUUAAAUGCUUUAGAGUAGAGAGUUGUUUUUGGUCUGAUCACUGCCCAAUUGUACUUUAUUUGGAAGAUUGUACCACAGAUUCUUUGGGUGGUUCUGGUACUUGUUAUCAGAGGAUUUUCUGGGAUAUGGAUCAGUUGGAAUCGUUGUCAGCUGGUUUGAGGUGCUGCUUGGAACAGACCCCUAAUUUAUCUUUGUUGGAGCUCAGCAAGGUGAUAUUGGAUUUGGCUAAAGUGAAAGGAUUGACUCAAAGGAAAAAGACUAUGGUUGGAAUUGAUGAUUGGUUUGACUUGGAUUGUCGACUAAUGAUUAGAGCUAGAAACAGAGCUUGGUUAGAGUUUAAAAAAAAUGGUUUGGCGGCUCAGAGGAGAGUUUUUGUAUUGUACCGGAGCUUGGUAAAGAAAUUAUGUUUGGCAAAGAAGAAAGAAUUUUGUAAAAGGUUAAAAAGUGUUAAAAGCUUUUAUAAAAAUAAUAGAUUAUUUUGGAAUUUAUGUAGAGCAAGAGGAAAUUGUGUUAGGGUAAAUAUUAGUUUACUUGAUUGGUUUGGUUAUUUUUUCUCCCUUUAUGGCUCUGAGAGUCCAUAUAAUGUUGAUUUAGUGGUUUUUAAUGAUUGUGUGACUUGGUCGAACGAAAUAUUGGAUUCUUAUAUUUCGGAGGAGGAAUUAAGAACUGUUUUAAGUAAGUCGAGUGUUGGUGGUGCUCCGGGAAUAGAUGGUAUUCCUACUGAAUUUUGGAAAAUUGAUAGUGCUUUUUUUUGUUUAUUAGAUAAUUUUAAUAAGGUUUUGAGAACUGGUGUUGUUCCUGAUGAAUGGAAGAGUUCUUUAUUGGUUCCAGUGCCUAAGGGUGGCUCAAGAUCAGUUCUUACAAAUUAUAGAGAAGGGAGAGUUGCAUAUGUGGUGUGGCUGACUCGCCAUUGGAUGCGUUUCAUAUUAUUGCUGUUUGUAGUUUUUUGUCAAAAUUACGUGAGGACACAUUUGGGGUUCCCUGUUUCUCAUUUAAUCAGUUUAAAAAAGUUAUUUCUGAUUUUGAUUUAUUUUUUAAGACUUAAAGCGCAAGUCGUGAUUAUUUAUGUAAAUUUUGUCUUGGGGCGUGGUCUGCCUAUUACUGUAUUUAAUCCUGUGGUUGUUUGGACUGCUUGGGAGACUAUCCGACUUUUUUGGAACGUGUUAUAACGUACUGUUUUUUUCUUUUCUAGGUAAGUUUAACCUAGGUAUUUCUUAAUUAGAUUCGGAUAGUUCUCCCAAGUAGUUCUUUAAGUAGUUCUUUAAGUUUUGUGGAAUUUUUUAUUAAUAUAAUAUGUUGUUGUCAUUGUUGGUUAUAUUUGUGGAAUAUGUAUAUAUUUAUUUUUUUGUAAGGUUAUGUAUAUGUUUUGUUUUUUGUUCUAUCCCCGCAUCAGGGUUUUGUAAACCAGAAUGC